AUGCCUAGGUUCUACCGUGGCGACCUUCUUUUUCUUACGAACCCUCCAGGCCAACGCUACCAUACGGGUGAUAUAACAGUAUACAGGAUCCCUGGCGCCGAAAUACCCAUCGUGCACCGCGUCCUGGAGACCCGGGAUGUUUUUAUCCCAUUUGACUACGGAGAACCGCAUCCCAAACUCAAACUACCUCCCGGGGAACAUCAAUUGAUGCUCACGAAAGGCGACAACAAUCAUGUCGAUGAUAUUGACCUCUACCGGGGCCUUGAAUGGCUCGACCGAAGACAUAUCAUUGGCAAAGUUCGCGGGUUUCUUCCGUACAUCGGCUACGUGACGAUUGCCAUGAAUGAUUUCCCACAACUUAAAUACGCACUUCUCAGAGGUCUUGGGCUCUUAGCUGUCAUACAACGGGAGUAG